UUCAAGCUUAAACCAAGAUGGGUCUCUCGAAAUUCCCAUUAGCUCUCCUUUCCUUCACGAUCAUAGCCAUGUUUCAUCUUUCCGGCGCCCAGAACCCGGCCGACUACCUGAACCCCCACAACGCCGCCAGGGACGAGGUCGGGGUUCCCCACAUGACAUGGGACGACAAAUUGGCGUCCACCGCGCAGAGCUACGCCGAAAAAUUAUCCGGCGACUGCGAACUGAUCCACUCUGGCGGGCCAUACGGCGAGAACUUGGCCAAGGCGUACCCUGACCUCGACGCCGCCGGCGCCGUGAAGUUGUGGGUGGAUGAGAAGGCUAACUACGACCACAACUCCAAUUCUUGCGUCGGCGGGCCGUGCGGCCACUACACUCAGGUGGUGUGGAGGAGCUCCGUCCGUCUCGGUUGUGGAAGAGCUCAGUGCAAUAACGGGUGGUGGCUCAUUUGCUGCAACUAUGAUCCCGCCGGCAAUGUCUCCGGCCAGAGCCCCUACUAAGAAUAUCUUUAAUUAAAUUAUAUAUAUAUAUAUAUAUAUAUAUAAAAGCAUGCAAAAUAAAUAAAAGAAUAAGACGGAAUAAGUGAUGUGUAUGAACCAUAUAAGAAAAUAUACUAAGUGUGUUGUUAAAAGAUAUUAUAUUUCUGUCACUAUAUAUAUAUAUAUGUGUGUGUUUUUGUUUGGCAAACAAUGUUUUAGUAAUCUAUUAUAGUAUUAUGUGUGUGUU